AUAAUCUCUCUCAAGAAUUCUUCCAUAUGUUUUACGUAUAUAGAAGAGUCGACUCCGUGUAUAUAAGCAAGUAUUAUACUCAUAUACCUGCAGUGUACGAGAAAGGCCCUUUACAGAACACCUUUCCCCUCUGAGAAACAAAAUCAGGAACAACAAUGGAGGGGAUUGAAUGGAAAGGAAGUGUGUACCGAAUCAAAAAGUGUGCGUUCGACUUUUUUUCGAUGGAGGAUGAUCUUGUUGAUGAUGAUGAUGACUCUUGGGAGCUCAUGGGUAGAGAUCUCAGAUUGAAAUCCACCUUCUUGUUUUGUGAUCUCAAUCAGGUCAUAGCGAGUUCUUGCGAUGAAUAUCAAAAGAAGACUCUUACAGAUCUUGCAAACAAAUUGUUCUACUGCAUGGAAGAGCUAGGCCAUGCUGUGGAGAGUAGGAGCAUCUCACUAACUCAAGAGCAUUACAAUGGCACGGCAAUUGUGCUGCAAGAGGUUAUGACUGCUUUGAUUCACCCUACAUUGGACUAGAGAAUGAAGCAAUCUUGGGAGAAGAAGAGGAAACGGAGAAGAUAUGAAGAAGAUAUUUCUCCUUUUCUUAAAAAACAGAAGAUGAAGUUGUUUUUCUAUAUAAUUGCAUGUGAAUUAGGAGUUAGCAUGUUACACAUGUAAAUAGCAGCUGAUGUC